CUGUAUGCAUGUCAUCGGCAUGCGGUUUCCAUCUACCAGACUGGGCACCACCUUGUUUUCAGAAUGACGCUGGCAAUCCUCUAGUGACACAAACAUUGAAACAGUCUCUUGAAAAUGUCAAAUCCUUUAUAGAUGGCCUGCACUAUGAUGUUGAAUUGCGAAUACAAACAAUGAAAAUACAUCUUUGUAUAGAUUUGCCGGACAGCGUCUUAGAAUCUAUUCGUUUAGUGGACUAUAAUACCACAAACGCUGCUUGCAAUACAGACUAUCAAUAUAAUAUCUGUAAAGACUCUAAAACACUCCUAACAUUAAUGGAAGACAGUUAUGAAAAGUUGAACCAACUUGCCGGCUACCUUCAACAGUUGAAUAAUACUGCAAAAGAUUACUUCUCACGAGGAAUACUCACCUCCACCCAAGGUGACAUAUAUGACAUUAUGUGUAACAUUAAAAUCGUCAUGAAAGCAAAAGGUCAAGACCCAAACAUGAUUGUGCCAGGUGAAAACCUGUCAAAUGUCUUUCAGCAAGAUGGUCAGGCCUCUAUAUCAACAUGUGACCAACAUAAUGCUGAAUAUGUAGCCAUGUUAAACUGUAGAGAAGUCUCAAAACAUCUUAAUAAACUAUUUCAAUCAUUAUUGACACAUAAUAUCGAUUGUUAGAUACUUGUAUAUCAUUUGAAAAUGACAUGUCAAAGAUGAAGUUUUAUGAAUUGUCUUCUAAAACUUUUAUUAUAGAAUAUAUAUAUGUCUUAGUUAAACAAGUAAUUUAAAUUCCGUCAAUUUGGUUAUGUUUCAAUUUUAUGUAUAUAAAUUGAAACUGUGAUAAAUAUUUUAGGAAGAUGUUUUACUAAUCUCCCAUCUGUACUAUAAAUCAUAAUAUCUACUGUACUGUAAAUCAUAAGAUCUAGAUAUAUAUUUUAGAAUUAAAAUUAUCCCUCAUUUUGUGUCAAAGUAUUUUUUUACAUAUUUUCGUUAGCUUGUAUAUUUAAAUUGUAUGAUAAGUAUGAUAUUUAAACAAACUUUAUAUGCCAUAAAUAUCUUUCCAUAAAAGUUCAUUGAAGAAGUCACCUAUAGUUGUAUGUUGUUGUUGUUGUUUUUAAAGACAAAAAUUUCUUUCAAUAAAAUA